GCGUGCAGCGUUGUGUCUGCCACAUUCAGUAAAUAAGUAACACAAAAAAUACAGACGAAAGCAAAAUGGUGCAUAAAAUAAAAUAAUUGAAGUAAAUGCAAUAAAACCGAAUUAACGAAUAAAAUAAAAUUGAAAUAAAUAAAUAAAUGAAUGCAAAACAAAUACGAAAAAACGCAGACUAGACAACUAAACAGCGAAUAAACGAACGAACUUUGUAACUUCAGUCGCGGUGUGCAAGCGAGCUUGAGUAGAUCGUUGUGACGUCCAUUCACUUUGUACGCGCGGCGCAGAAACAAAGUAUCUUUUUUUUGUUAUAGUGUUUUUGUAUGUAAAUAUUUUACAUUUGAUUAUGAAAUCACAGUGAAAUGCAGUGAAGUGAGAAACAGACAAAACAAAAACAAGUUUUACAAGUUACUUGGCACAUUUAUGCAGUGACCUUUGAAGGCCCACACGUCCAUUAAAAGCACACACAAACAUCUAUAUAUAGCAUACUCGUACGUAUAAAGGUGGAAAUAUAGGAAAAAACGGAAAUAUGGAUCAGAAACGGGCUAUGCUUUAUCCCGAUAUCGAUCCUGCCCACACUGCUGCUACACACGAUCAUCGCAUCUCUGCCUCUGCUGCCAUGGGUUUGCCGGCUGAGGCGCCUCCCUCAUAUGACAUGGCUAUUGCAUCUCCAACGCCAAUAGCAGCGGGAUCAAAAACUCAAAGUAAUAGCGAAGGCGUUGGAGGAGCUCCGUUGGGUUGGGCGCCUAGUGCGCCGGCGGUGGUGACCACACCUGAACCACAAGCGCCAUCACCUCCGCCACGGCAGUCACAUACAGCGCAGGCGCCACAGCACGAUAGUCAGACAAGGCCAGUAAUUGUGGUACAGCCACUGCCUCAGCAACAGCAACAAACGCCCGCAAUGCGUGUAGAAUCUGUUUCAACACACCUAAAACUUGGCCCCAAUCCAUGCGCGGUCAGCUGUCCCGUCUGUGGAGCCAAUAAGACGACACGAAUGGUUUUCACACCCAACACACGAACGCAUAUUUGUGCGGUAAUACUUUGCUUGGCCGGUUUCUGUUGUUGCGCGUGUAUGGUGCCUUAUUGCAUGAACAGCUGUCGGACUGGCAACCAUUAUUGCUCUCAAUGCAACACAUUUCUGGGAGUUUAUAAUCCGCGAAGAGUGUGAAAGUGAAAUGCGUUAGACCUAAACAUGCAUCAGAUAUACAUAAAUACAUAUACAUACAUAUGUGUAUGUAAAUAUGUAUAUGAAAGAAAAUGGUACUUAAAAAAUUGUAUAACUCUUAUUGUAGAAAAUUUUUUGUUUUUUUUUUAAUAAUUAAAUAUUCGGAAAAAAUCCAUUCCGGCGCUUGCGCUGCUAAUGAAUUUAGGUAUGAAUACGAGUGUAUGUACAUAUGUAUUAAUAUUAUCUACAGCUUUUGUAAGCAUUUUGCAUGAAGCUUCGCUAUUUCCUAUUUAGUUUAGUUUAAUUUAUGAUAA